UACUCUUGUGUUUAUGUUGACAACAUGGCACCAUGUGUAUUUACAUUUGAAACGAAAUAGCCUAACUUUAAAGUGUAUUUAAUUUAUAUGCCUAAUUGGCGUAUGUUCUGAAGCUUAGUUAUUGCUCUGUUUGUUGACAUUAAAAAUGGAUAGGUACGAUAAGAAAAUGUCUAAACUGACAUCAUAUUCAACUACAUCGGCUGUAAAUUCUAGAGGACGAAUGACCCGUCCAUUCAAUCUUCGCGGGAGGUCAAUGCGUAAUGACAAAGAAUGUGAAGGUUGCACAGUUCUUGGUGUCUCACAAAUGGAUCCAGUAUAUUUUCUUCCUACUGUUCCCAUGAAAAGGGCCAAACCAAUCUGGAUGACAGACCAACCAUCUUUCAUUCUGUCUGAUAAUGGUGUGCUGCCGCCUGAUAAACCCAAACCUUUAGCCCUCUGGUCAUGCCCAGACAAAUAUGAAACAGUAGAUGAUGAUUUUGAAGAAAAGAAACCAAUACGCCAGAGGAGAAGCACAAAACAAGGGCUCCUUGCUUUACAAGAGAGCAGAAAGAGACAAGAAGCUUUUAGAAAAUCUUUGCUUAGCAUUGUUAUGCAAGGUAAAUCAGGAACCACUGAACCGGAUGAUUCUGAAGCUGGUGGUCAGAGAUUGGAAAAAAGGACAUCAUUUGGUCAAAACGAAGUUGAUUUGUUUCGCUAUUUUUACUAUGUACAUAAUGGUGUAGAUGUAAGUGACGUGCAGCCUUUAUCUGAACAAGUUAUUAAGAACAUUAUCGGUCAACUGAGUCCUCAGCUUAAGAAAGGCCAAGCAAAAACAAUAGAUAAACUUUGUAAUGAAAUAAAAGAGGAUUACAUAUUGAACACUAAAAAAUCUAUAUUGGACUUUGUUUUAAAAGACCCAAGAAAGCAGAUGGAGGAUCCCAAAGAGCUGAAUGCAGAGAUGAAGGAACUGAACGUUGUCCCUCAGCCCUGGCACCAGAAUCUAAUCAAUUACAAAGCAAAGCUUCACAAAAACCUUUGCUUUGUCAAUCCUUGCAUCAGACAAUCCAACGAUAUAUGGUACUCAGAAUUCUCUGAUCUGCGCUUUAUCUACACCAAACAGUUUAAAGAAAGACCCGAAGCCAUCAGCUUGUCUGUUUUUAAAGAGCAUUGUAAUGCCAGCAUUGCCUCCUUGAAGGACAAGCUAACCAAAAAUUGGCUGCUGAAGCUACAGGGCAUGUUGAUGAAUGAAAAAAAUAAACGUUUUGCUCCCCCAAUGGAAAAGUAUGAGAAAUUUGACAAGUUUUUUCAGACUCUUAAGACUGCAAUGACAUUGAAUCUGCAGACACUAGUUAUGGACUCACUCAAGGAAUACAUGCAUAUGUUCAAACCCAGAGAGACCAGCACUGAGGUUCUAGAACACUGCGGCUUUGUGGUCAACCUACUACUCACUGAAGAAGGAACUGACAUUGACUUUGAGCCUACCCUGGAAGAUAUGGUGACCGGUUUCCUAGGCAUGUUUGAUGAAAUAAUCAAAGCGUCGCAUUUGAUUCCUCGAUUAGAGCGGAGGAUGUUUCCAGACCUACAGUUGGAGGUAAAAUACUUGCAGCCAGUUAUACCCGAAGAUUUUAUUCAAGAACUCAAAGAACAAGUUUUAGAAGUUCUAAAGACAGAGUUUGUUCCCUUGCAGGAGUUCCUCAACAUUUUUGCUGAUCUGGAGUUUCUUAUUUCCAAUCAGGCCAAGACUGACUUAGAGUCUUAUUUAGCUGAGUCCCACCCAUUUGAUGAAAUGGUGGAGAAAUUCAAUUACUUCCAAAAUAUCACCAAUCACAUUACUUGUGAAAUCCCCAAGGUUGAAACAGUUGGGAUGUUUGAAAUCAACAGUCAUCGAGUGUUAGAAAACCUGGCUGAAAGGACCACAGCCAUCUGUGAUGUUCUAGCUGAGCAGAUGCUGGAUGACCAUUUGGAAAGCAACAAGCAGUAA